AUGUGGGCUUUUCACAAUUUCCUCAUAAAUAUUUUUCAAAUCUUUUAAAGCAGACUAUAUUAUGAUUAUAUCAAAUAAUCAAUACUUAAUCCUUAUGCUAACUGUUUGGACGUAUUCUAAGUUUAAAUGGCCUGUCUCUAAAAAAGUAAAUUAAAAGUUGAUGUUGGCUGGAAAAAGGGGUUGAUUGAAAUUAUUUCUCUUAUAUUAUUAGCUGGGCUUUGUGCAUUAGAAAAGUUUUCUCGUCAGUUACAUAAUAAUAGAUAAUCUAAACAUUUUUCACAUUUUUUUAUUUUGAUUUCGAGUUUUGUUUUUUAUAUAGAAAUAACAAUAAUAUUUUUUGUAACAAAAUUUUCUUAUACUUCUAGGUUAUGUUGCAAGAACCGAGAAAUGAUUCGCAAAAGGUGUUAAUUUAAGAUUUUUUUGAUUUAAAAAAAAAAUCUGAAUAAAAAUCUUUGGUAUUUUGA